AUGGAAAUAAAAAAGAAGGAUGAGAAGGGGGAAAAGAAAAAGAAAAACGAAAAUAAAAUUUUAGUAUGUGGGCUGGUUUCUGGUAUACUAACCAAAACGUUGUUUGCCCCGUUCGAUAGGAUAAAACUUUUUUAUCAAAUACAACCAAUGUUUUAUCAUUAUAGUGAAGUAAGAAGAAAAAUACAAAACACGAAAAAAAAAUAUUUUAAAGAUAGAAAAAAGUAUAUAUCUAAGAAUUUAUUAUCAAACGGAUUGGAUAAAACAGAAAAGAAGCACUUUAGUUCAACAUCGUAUUCAUUAAAUAUUAACAAACUUGUUUUGAAUGAAAAUGUCGUUUUUCGUAAUUUUAAAAAUUGCUUAAAUGAAAUAAUAAAAAAUAGUAGACCAAAAAAUAGUAAACCCCAAAAUAGUGAAAACAUAAAUAGUGAAAGCACACAUAGAAAAAAAGGAUUGAAGCACGAAAGAACACAUCAUGACAAGCGCAGAAAUUAUAACGACGCUUCGAAAACUUCCCUUCAUCAAGUAUUUAAAAAGAUUUAUUUUUAUAAUAACAAAAAUAAACUGCAGUUAAACAAUAUAAGUAAAAAUUACACACUUUUAAAUAUUAAUGCAAAUGUACGAAAUACACUAAGGAAUAAAAUUAUGUGUUUGAAUACAGCAAAGACAGCUAGGCAACCGAUUAAGUAUCAAAAUAUUAUGCAAAGUUUUCUUUUUAUAAUCAAAGAAGAAGGGAUAUUAGGAUUAUGGAAGGGAAAUUUAAUUAACACUUUAAGAGGUGGUAUUGUUUACUCUGCUAAAUUUGGUACAAAUGAUAUAAUAAAAGAAAGAUAUAAAAAAAAAAAGAAAAAAAAAGAAGAAAAAAGAGUAGAUAUCCUAAUAAAAAGUGCUACGAACAAAAAGAGUGAUACGAAUAAUAGUGUUAAAAAAAAUGAACAAAAAUUUAAUUAUUAUGAAAGUGUAAUAGCAGGUUAUGCAUCCGGCAUAAUUCAAAAAACAAUUUCAUAUCCCUUAGAUCUGCUAAGUAUUAGAGUAGCCUUAGGAGUAAAUGAAAAAUAUUUAAGAAAUAAUAAUACAUUAUUAUACAAAAAAAAAUCUAUCUUUAAUAUAAUUCGUGAAAUAAGUAUCAACGAAGGAAUUACAGGAUUUUUUAAAGGGUACGUUCCGACAUUACUCACAGGAGUACCAUACGUAACAUUACAGAUGCUAUUUUUUGAUUUUUAUAAAAAUAUAUUUCAAAAUUAUUUCCCACACACUUCUAAUUCUUUGAGCUCCAUAGCCUUCUGCUCAUCAGUAUCAGGGUCAUUAAGUAAUUUGUCCUCGUUAAUUAUUGUUUUUCCAGGAGAUACAGUUCGAAAAAGAAUGAUGAACAAUGGAAUAGAUAAUAAAAAUUAUAUUUACAAAAAUACAUUUCAUUGUAUUAAAAAUAUAUAUUACCUUGAAGGGUUAAGAAAUUUUUAUUACGGUCUGUUUCCAUCCAUGCUCAAAUCAGUUCCUUCCGGUGCCAUUCAGUUUAUGUCUUAUGAAAUUUUGAAAUAUAUGAUAUCACAAAAAUAA